AUGAGAGUUCACACAGGAGAGAAGCCGUUCUCAUGUGAUCAGUGUGGGAAGAGUUUCAGUCAAUCAUCAUCCCUUAAGAAACACAUGAGGAUCCACACCGGAGAGAAGCCGUUCACAUGUGAUCAGUGUGGGAAAACAUUUCUUACUGCAUCAGACCUGAAGAGACACCUGACAGUUCAUAUGAAGGAGAAGCCACAUUCAUGUUCUGUGUGUGGAAAGAGUUUUUCAAGAUUCAGUCACUCAUCAUCUCUGAGAUCACAUGAGAGGAUCCACACUGGAGAGAAGCCGCACACGUGUGAUCAGUGCGGGAAGAGUUUCUCUACUAAAAGUGGCCUGAAGCGACACAUGAAGAUCCAUGCAGUGGAGAAACCACAUCACCACAGUCUGAGAUCACGGUAA